AUGGCGACGCCGGGUAUGAUAGAGCUGGAGCAGCGAAAUCGCUUGCCGACGCUCUUCGAGGUCCUGAGUCGUCGGACUCUAGCACCUGUCGAUCUCUUCUCCUUCUACAUCUAUAUGCGCGAUCAACAACGUUCUGUCGAUUAUCUGGACUUCUGGCUCGAUGUAUCCCAACACAUGUCACUGUGCCGUCACUAUGUCAGAGAACUACGACGAUCCGUUCUGGUUGCAACCCCCGACCUCGAAAAGGCCGAGAGCAAAGGAUCCUCGACGCCUUUGGAGAACUUCGAGAGUGUGAACGAUAUCCCACUUGUGGAAGCUGGGCCAUCUGGGCUUCGACACGUUCUGCGGAACUCGGAGGAUAGGGAGGCUGAUCACAGAUUGUCGGCUUUCCUCCGCACAGAUGGACAUUCAUCUGGGCACUCUCCGCAGAAUAGUCUAGGUUCGCAAAACGAUGCAACCCGCACGAUGUCGAAUGAUUUGCCAAGGCCGAGCUUAACCCAACAAGAGUCCGGCUCUCCAGGUCACACGGUUGCGCGCGGGGAUAUUCGUUCCAGUGCAGAGAAGAUUCUUUACACAUAUUUGCUUCCAGGGGCCGAAAGAGAGAUUGUUUUACCCGAAGAAAUGGUAUCUGGAAUCAUCAAUCUGGUGGAAGAUGACGGCAGAGACGACCCAGAAGUAUUCGAUCCGGCAAAAGACUACGUUUUCCAGGCGAUGGAGCGCGAUGCCUUCCCAGGGUUUUUGCAGGCGAAAGCCCUGGGUAACCUCGUCCCGUUGUCGAUCAUGGCACGUCUAGCGUUCGCUCUAAUCAGCUUUGGUGGAGGUUUCUGGGGUGCCUUCUACGUGGUCCUCCGUGAUAAACCAAGGCACAUUCGUUGCUGGGUACAUUAUUCUACCUUUCGUCAUCGCGUCCUACUUCAUUGUCUCUUACCAAUACAAGAUCGACCCGGUCAUGGCAUUCGCAGGGUAUAG